AUGUCUUCAGCUCAGUAUUUAAGAGAGUUCAUCAACGAGAGACUAACUGCUGCUGCUGAAGAAAUAUUCAGAGUUUUUCACAAAACUGUCGUCGAGUAUGAAGAAGAGAUCGACCGUCAGCGCAGACUGCUGGAUACCGCUUGGAAACCUGAAAUUACGUUAAACAGGAUAGAGCUCCCACAGCAACAUGUCUGUAAGGAGGAGAAGGAGGAGGAUGUUCUCACUGACCAGCAGCUCUGUGACCAGGAGACAAACUCUAGUUUGGACCAAGUGGACCCAGAGCCUCCACAGAUUAAAGAAGAGCAGGAUGAGCUCUGCGUCAGUCUGGAGGGAGAGCAGCUGGUGCUGAAGCAGGAGACUGAAACCUUUAUAUCGACUGCUACUUAUGAGGAAAAUGAAUAUCAGACUCAGGACUCCAGUCUUGAUGAAACUCAGAGUGCAUUAGAGGAUGAGCAUGUUUUCAGCAUACCAGUUAAAAGCUCUGAGGUACCAGAAUUAAAUAAUGAUGACCAGCUUCUCUCUCAUAACUCUCAUGUAGCUGAGAGCCAAGAUCACAAAGGAGGCAAACAAGGAGACUCAGGAUCUACUAGAAAUACAGAGACAAAAGCACAAAAGAGACAUUGUGAAAGUGAAAGUCACACUGACAAUGAACACACCUCUACUAUGUUAAAGACAAACAAUAAUACACAAGAGAGUUCUCACAGCAGUGAAAAGUCUUUCAGAUGUGAAACUUGUGGAAACCAGUUUAAGCAUAUGUUCAAUUUGCGAAGACACCUGACACUCCACAAAGGUGACGGACCAAAGAAUUGUGGAAUAUGUGGGAGAGAUUUCAGAUUUAACAGUGGGUUAAUGGCCCACAUGAGAAUCCACACAAGUGAGAAGCAUUUCUUUUGCAUCACCUGUGGGAAAAGAUUCAGUCAGAGGUCAAACUUGAAAAACCAUAUGAGAACACACAUAGUCGAUGAGACAAACUCCAGGGAAACCUGUGGAAAAACAUUUGACUUGUCAUUAAUCGAGAGGCAUAUGAAGACCCACAGAGGUCAGGGCCUGUUCCGUUGCAACACAUGUGGGAAAAGAUUCACUCAGAAGUUAAAUUUGACAAGACAUAUUAAUAUGUACCACGGUGGUGAAAAGCUGAACUGCAGCAUGAAGGAUUCAGGGUAGGCCAAGACCAAAAAGACAGGUCCUUUUUUUGUUAUAGAGACCAAUAUGACAAAUUUCCAAAACACACCAGAACCCACACUGGUGAAAAGAUGAUGAUAAGUAAAACCAUCUUCGGUUUUGAGUUAACAUUCAUAAUUUCCUUUUGAAACAUUACCUCAAUGCAAUGAAAGAGUGUAUUGGUGACAAUAUGACCAAGCUUUUGCAAAUAACCUCAGUUGUUUUUCACCCCCUUGACAUUACUGUUUAUUUGUGAAGAUCUUUGUUUAAUAGUAUACACAGUAGUGGUCGUCAAACUGAUGGUUGAUGACUGUCAUCUUGUGGCUUUUGUUUAUAUUCUUAAUGUACAGUCUGUACAUAACAGGCUGAUUUAGUAACAAUUUGAUGGACAGGAGAUGACACUAAAAACUAAAAAGAGCGUCACAUUUAUAAUGAAAGUUGACAUGUAAGCUGUAUUGUAAUAUUUCACUACAUUUCCAAAGUAAAUAUUGCACUUAAUAUAUUUUUUACACCAGUACAUUUAUUUAGACAGCAGGGCUUAUUUUACUUGCUGAUAUUAGCCUGUCACAGAUAAAUCACUGUCAGCAUUUAUGUGGUCUAAUUUUUUUUUUUUAAAGUUGCAUAGGUAGCAUUUUAUGUAUAUUUGAUCAU